AUGCCACCCACACCGAAGGAGAUCAGCAACAACAUUGACCAGGCUAUUGACGGUCUCAAUGCACAAUGGGACUUGAGACUUCCAAGGUUCCAUGGUGGACAAACUGCUCCGGCCGAUGAGUCCGAACGCUUGGCUGCCAAUUGCUCAAACAAAAUCAGAUUCCUCUGCUUCAGGACGGACAUUACCAAAACAGUUCUGCUUGACUUCGAGCAGAGGGCACGGCAUGUUUACUCUGAUUGGGUCUUCAAAACCUCGCAAGUACCAGGCACUUUGCCUGUGUUGCCUGUGGUCAAGAGUCUCGUGGCACGCAAGGCUGGCCUCGUCCGACCAACCGACUCCCAGCGAUGUGCGCUUGUAAAACUUCUGGACACCAUCUUGGAGGAGAAUUAUCAGCUAGCACGACUAUCGUCUGAUUACUCUACCGAGCCAGGCUCUACGUCAGCUGCCCCCUUUGUGACAGCUCCUACAACCCCUGUAAGGGAGGCAGUGUCCACAAGGCAGGAGUCCUUCUCAACGCCGUCGAGAAACACCCUAAGGAAAUCUCACGACCAGAACAACACGCGGGAUGAGCCCCAGUUGAAGAGCCCCCUGACAGUGUCUUCAAAGCGCACAAUUGGCUCUCCGAAUGGGGUCAGUCUUCUACCUGAAUUUGAGUUUCAGUCUGCUCACAUUCUGCCACAGCAAAACAAGCGACAGCAAACACUCUCGGAGUUCCGCCAGUUCAGACCCGUAUCGGCACCUCCUCCACCAGAAAUUCGCAGUCUCCAAGUGCCUGACCCAAUUAGCUUCGAGAGUGUGAUAUCCCCCGCUGUAUCCUCCAUCUUUUCGACCGCCGAUGAAGGGAUUGGAGGCAAGCAGUCGAAUGAUACCUCUAUGGUCAGUUCGCAGGCCGAAGACUCGCCGGACUUGUUUCCAACUCAGGAGUGCAUGGAGCUUUUCGAAGACGAGCAAUUCUCUACCUCUUUCAGCGAACUGAGCAAGGCUCCGACUCCAUUCGACCCGACCGAUCUCGAGUCUAAUGGCCCUUUCAGAAAACAAGCAAUCUUGCCAUCACAUGUUCCAUUUUGGUACUGUUGGGAACUGCAUCGGCUUGCACCUCUUUUUGGUCUGAGACCAAUUGAACUGUACAAGAAAUUCGAAGAAAUCCACAAGAAACCUCCCGCUUCUGCGGAGGAAUUUUGGCGCGUGGUCAAGGAGUUCUGUCGUGCAAAGGCUUUGCAACCGCUGCCUCAUAAGUCUGACCUCCCCAGUUGGAUUGUGCAAGAUGACAAGUACAUGGAUGAAAAAACACAUAGGGUCGCUCACUUCACAGCUGCCUUGGACUGGAACGAGGACUGCUCACCAAGCGUACUCACACUUCGACUCAACCCCAUACAGCUGGUGCAGUCCAGCCGCUUCUACCGAAAAUUUGGUGCCGACAGAUUUCUUGCGCUCGACGGACCUCCAUUCAGACUUCCCGACAGGUUGCGAAGACUGAGCCCCAAAUCUGUGCCAUCGUACGACAAAGUAAUCGAUUUUCUGGCAUCGAACUCCCAUUUCAUUGCAGGACGUCUCUGGAGAAUAUGCUUCGUCGAGAAGUCGAAAAAUAAAACAGGGCGCAACAAGGUGCAAACGCGGCGUUCAAGGAUCAUACUCUUUGCAGAGACUGGAUUUGACAUAGUCCCACGACCUCUCUCGGGACUCAAGUUAUCAGAUAUCAAGCUUAACGGUCAAUACCAGAAUAUCACGCGGCAAGAACUGAUGCAAUGGCAUAUGCCUCUGAAUGCCAACGCCGAUUCGAUGGACCUCAAGCUAUUCUCCAGAUGGAGCAUUGGCUUCUCAAGGACGACUCCGACAAUAGAACUGAAGCGGCAUGAGUUUUUGUACCGGCAUGACGAACUUGGUGACGAAUCUAGCGACGGUUCCAAACGCAAAGUGAUGAACGACGGCUGUGCAUUGAUGUCUUACUCGCUCGCCAAAGCCAUUUGGGCGGCGUACGGCGGCGAAGGUGAGCCACCCUCGGCUGUCCAAGGGCGUAUCUCAGGUGGCAAAGGUUUGUGGUUGGUGGACUACGAGAACAAGUACGCCCACAUCAGUGAGAGGGGUUACUGGAUUGAAGUUUCCGAAUCUCAGCUCAAGAUUAAGCCACACCCGCGCGAUCGUGAUGAUGCAGAUGACGAUGCUGCUCUGCGAACAUUUGAAGUGUUGAAAUUUGCCGCCGAAUGCAAGCAGGCGCAGUUAAACAUUCAACUAAUCAAUAUCCUGGAAGACAGGGGAGUCCCACGUGAAGUUUUUCAAGAAGCGUUGCAAUCGGAUGUGCAGUCGUUCUCAAAGACUCUCAUAGAAGCGAUGAAAGAUCCGAGAUGCCUCCGGCUUUGGAUGCAAGAGCAUGCUCAUUCAUCCCGACUCGAGGCUAAGAAAGUCUUGGGCUCGUUUCCUUGCUCGAACAAAGAGCAAAUGAAAUUCCUGUUGGAAUCUGGCUUUCAUCCGCAGACAUGCAGAAAACUCAUCACCAACGCCUAUCGUCUGCUCCUUGACUACAUGACCAACUACGUGGAGAAAAUGUGGAUCCAGAUACCACACUCUACGGCUGUCUUUUGUGCACCAGACCCAUUAGGUGUGCUUGCUCCAGGCGAAGUGUUUCUUGGUUCUUCAACACCCAUAACACAUCCGGUGACAGGGCUCAGGGAAACCACGCUUGAAGGCCUUGAACUACUCGUGGCUCGAAAUCCGGCGCACCUGGCAUCUGAUAUGCAGAGAUGCAGAGCUGUCUACAAACACGAGCUACGUCACUAUAAGAAUGUCAUUCUGUUCUCUGUGAAAGGUGCUAUCCCUCUCGCAUCCUUGUUGUCAGGCGGCGACUAUGAUGCUCAAGGUACAGAAGCACUGACAUAUUCCCUGGCGAGCUAUCUAGGUGAUGUUGUGACAUGUAUUUGGGACCCAGAUAUUGUUCGACAUUUUCGUAACACUGACAUGCCACAAUUACCGAAAGAGAUUGAGUGUGGUAUGGUUCAGUGCUCGGAACCAAUAUCUGAGACGUUCAAGAUAGGACGUCCGCAUGAUGAAGCUUUCGAAGACUAUUUUCGCAAAUGUAUUGCUUUCAAUGCUCGGCCCAACCUGCUUGGCUAUUGCGCUACGGAGCAUGAAAAGCUGGUUUAUGCUCUGAGCCGAACACGAGAACCCAACAAACUAAUGAAUUCUGGGGCAGUAAAACUAGCAGCGCUUGCAGGUUUUCUGGUUGAUAGCGUUAAGCAGGGUUGGGAACUUACCGAGGCGAAGUGGCAUGGAGUCCGCAGGGAUGCCAGUGGCAAAAGCCGCUUGCGAGACCCUGACUACAAAGCCAGAACUGCUUCGAGCAAGCCAGGCGCUUACCUGAACGUUAUAGACUAUCUCAAGUUUGAUGUUGCCGAGACCUUGAAAGAGCACGUGCUGCGAGAGUUUGUGAGAAUGGAAAAGGACAAAAAGGUCCUCUACUACGACAGGGAUCUAAGUCAACGAUGGCAUUAUUGGUUGUCUCCGAUAGAAGAGGACAAAGCGGAGAACAGGCGAGCAGGUCAAUCUCGGUCUGAACAAGAUACGUCUCAUACGGCAGGAUCCUUGCGCCAGCCCCACAAAGCGCCAGGUGCAGCAGACCUAGAGAUACUCACCGACGUGUUGGAAGGCAAGCAAGGUCUGCUCGAGCAGAUCAAAGCAAUAAAGGAGCUAUGGUCGACCUUUCAGUUUAGGUCUGAACCGACGCCGAACGAAAACAAGGACUGGGGGGAAUACAGUCUUGCUGUUGCAACUGUUUACGAGGAAUUCCGAGCCAUCCGACCGAAGCGACUUGAUCAUGAGCUGGUUCGUCGCUACGACGCAGAAAAGGGCCGUCGCUUCUCCGAAUGGGACCUUCUCAAAGCAUCAUGCCUGCAUAAAGAGGUGUGCUCGAAGGGAGAUUGCCCGAAUUGGGUAUGGUACGUUGCUGGACGAGAGCUCUGUCAUCUAAAGGCGUUGCAACACGCAGGCGACAACAGAAUCAUUGUGUCAGAGAUCCACGACCUUUACAAAGUGGACACGAAGUAUGCCAGAGCCUUGUUGGAAGGCUGUCUCGACGAGGAAGGUGACGAGGAGAAUGUUUUUGACGAAGAGGACUUGAUGGAUGACGAUGUUGGAUUGGAAAUGGACUGA